UUCCCGUGCCCUGGGAGCGCCGAGGGCUAGCUUGGUGGAGCUUAGCACAGCUCGCUCGGCGCUGCGAGCGGGCGGGGGUGGACACUGGGCUUCUGUGUGCCAGUCGCAGCCGUUGGCUGGCGGGCGCCCAAUCCCAGGGCAUGCCGCCGGAGCCUGGCCAGGACGCACGGUGAAAGACGAGUUUGGUGGCAGGCUUGACCCCCUGGCAGCCAGCAGAAGCCGGCGUCGGGAGCCCAAGCGGGCGGGCCGCUGGGAUCGGGGCUGCAGCAGCGAAAGCCAGGACCCUCGGGUUCGGAGCGAAGGAGGAGGCAUGGCUUCGGUGUUCAUGUGUGGCGUGGAAGACCUGCUGUUCAGCGGCAGCCGCUUCGUGUGGAACUUGACCGUGUCCACGCUGCGGAGAUGGUACACGGAGAGGCUGCGGGCUUGCCACCAGGUGCUGCGGACGUGGUGCGGGCUGCAGGACGUGUACCAGAUGACAGAAGGCAGGCACUGCCAGGUGCACCUCCUGGAUGAUAGGAGACUGGAGCUGCUGGUUCAGCCCAAACUUUUAGCAAGAGAGUUGCUGGAUCUCGUGGCUUCACAUUUCAACCUGAAAGAAAAGGAGUAUUUUGGAAUAACGUUCAUAGAUGACACAGGUCAGCAGAACUGGCUACAAUUAGAUCACCGAGUUCUUGAUCAUGAUUUGCCCAAGAAACCAGGCACAACCAUUUUGUACUUUGCUGUGAGGUUUUACAUUGAGAGCAUAUCGUUUUUAAAGGAUAAAACCACCGUGGAGCUGUUUUUCCUGAAUGCAAAGGCCUGUGUGCACAAGGGGCAAAUCGAAGUAGACAGCGAAACUGUCUUCAAGUUAGCAGCGUUUAUUUUACAGGAAGCCAAGGGAGAUUACACCAGUGAUGAAAAUGCCCGGAAAGAUUUAAAGACAUUACCAGCCUUUCCAACCAAAACUCUUCAGGAGCAUCCAUCCCUUGCUUACUGCGAGGACAGGGUAAUUGAGCAUUAUUUGAAAAUCAAAGGUCUCACUCGGGGUCAAGCUGUGGUUCAGUAUAUGAAAAUAGUAGAACUGUCUGGAGCAUUUCUAAGCUCCUCUUUCUACCAUGACCCUACCACCUUGGACCUGGAUCAGAAGCUACUUCUGACACUGCGGAAAUUCCAGAUGAGAUUAACUGUAGGAGUAGAAAACAUGGGUUAUUCUCUUUCUACAUUAAUGCCAAAUAAAGCAUGCGGUGACUGUCUCCGAUUUAGUCAUUUCCAGUUAUUCCAAUGGAAACAGCUGGAGAACUUAUAUUUCCGUGAGAAAAAAUUUGCUGUUGAAGUUCAUGAUCCACGAAGGAUUUCAGUGUCAAGAAGAACCUUUGGGCAAAGUGGCCUCUUUGUGCAAACAUGGUAUGCUAACUCUUCUCUCAUCAAGUCCAUUUGGGUAAUGGCAAUUAGUCAGCAUCAGUUUUACUUGGACCGGAAGCAAAGCAAAGCAAAAAUUCCUUCAGCCAGGAGUUUAGAUGAGAUUGCAAUGGAUUUGACUGAGACAGGAACACAGAGAGCCUCCAAGCUGGUGACACUGGAGGCGAAAAGUCAGUUCAUCAUGGCAAGCAAUGGCAGUUUAAUCUCCUCAGGUUCUCAAGACUCAGAAGUUAGUGAGGAGCAAAAGAGAGAGAAAAUCCUUGAACUAAAAAAGAAGGAGAAACUUUUACAAGAAAAACUUCUGAAAAAAGUUGAGGAGCUUAAGAAGAUCUGUCUGCGGGAGGCUGAGCUUACAGGCAAAAUGCCAAAGGAGUAUCCCCUGAACAUAGGCGAGAAGCCUCCUCAGGUCAGAAGACGUGUAGGUACUGCGUUCAAAUUAGAUGACAACUUGCUGCCGAGUGAAGAGGAUCCUACUUUGCAAGAGCUGGAGAGUAAUUUCCUAAUACAACAAAAGCUGGUGGAAGCUGCAAAGAAACUUGCCAGUGAGCCAGACCUUUGUAAAACUGUGAAGAAAAAGCGAAAGCAAGAUUACACAGAUGCAGUGAGAAAGCUUCAGGAGAUUGAAAAUGCAAUAAACGAAUAUCGAAUUAGGUGUGGAAAGAAGCCCAGCCAGAAAGCAACAGUGUUACCAGAAGACAUAAUCCCCUCAGAGAGUAGCUCUUUGUCUGAUACCACCACAUAUGAUGAUCCCAGUGACGCCUUCUCUGUUGCUGGGCAGCGAUCAAGUUCAGUACCUCAUUCUCCAAGAAUUCUUCCCCCUAAAUCUCUUGGUAUUGAACGAAUCCAUUUCAGAAAGUCGUCCAUCAAUGAACAGUUUGUGGAUACCAGGCAGUCCAGAGAAAUGCUGUCGACACACAGCAGCCCUUACAAAACUCUAGAGAGGCGGCCCCAGGGAGGACGAAGCAUGCCCACCACACCAGUGCUUACCCGAAACGCCUACAGCAGCGGCCACUUGGAACCCGAAUCUUCGUCUCAGCACUGCCGCCAGCGGAGUGGAAGCCUGGAGUCCCAGUCCCACCUGCUCUCCGAGAUGGACAGUGAUAAGCCAUUUUUCUCCCUCUCCAAAUCCCAAAGAAGCAGCAGCACAGAAAUCCUCGAUGACGGGUCUUCUUAUACAAGUCAAUCAAGCACAGAGUAUUAUUGUGUGACACCAGUUAGCGGCCCUUAUUACACCACCCAGACCCUGGACACUCGCACCAGGGGUCGGAGGAGGUCAAAGAAACAGAAUGUUUCUACUUCAAAUUCAGGAAGCAUGCCCAACCUAGCACAAAAGGAUAGUUUGAGGAAUGGUGUCUACUCAAAGAGUCAGGAGCCACCAUCUUCCAGUUACUACAUUGCCGGGUACACACCCUAUGCAGAGUGUGACUUUUAUUACAGUGGUGGUUAUGUCUAUGAGAAUGACACCGAGGGACAGUAUAGUGUCAACCCUUCCUACCGGUCCUCAGCCCACUAUGGAUAUGAACGCCAGAGGGACUACAGCAGAUCCUUUCACGAAGAUGAGGUCGACCGGGUACCCCAUAACCCAUAUGCAACUCUCCGGCUGCCAAGAAAGGACGCCACAAAAUCUGAGCACAUCACCAAAAACAUCCACAAGGCCUUAGUUGCCGAGCACUUGCGUGGCUGGUACCAGCGGGCCUCUGGGCAGAAGGAUCAGGGCCACAGCCCGCAGACCAGCUUUGAUUCAGACAGGGGAUCACAGAGAUGUCUGGGGUUUGCGGGCCUUCAAGUACCUUGUUCUCCAAGCAGUCGUGCAUCCUCCUACUCUUCAGUGUCCUCUACAAAUGCUUCUGGGAACUGGAGGACCCAGUUAACCAUAGGGCUGUCGGAUUACGAGACUCCAGCACAUUCUCCUUACACCAGCUGCUAUGGCAAUGCCUAUAAUCCUUUACCCUCUCCAAGCAGACAGUACACAGAAAUCAGUCAACUGGACGGUACAGAUGGACACCCGCUGGAAGACAGCCUGGAGAGUAACGAGCAGAGACUCUUUUGGCAUGAAGACUCAAAGCCUGGAACAUUAGUCUGAACUGCAGUUGGACCUCUUGACCAAGCACUGCGUUCUCACACUAGUGUGCCUUGCAAAUUGUAUUUGUCUUCCCAGAGGAUGUUGGCUUUAGAAACCUAAAGAUAUCAAAGGUUGAAGAGAAGACUUAGUUGCCCUGGAUGUGAAUCAGUGAAUCACACAGUAAGUCCCACAAAGCCCCUGAAGAGCAACUUGGACUUUCAAACUCUAGGCACUAAUCUAACAGCAGAGUCUGCCCGCACAUUGAAGCAUUGCCAAGAGAGGACUCAGUGUGAAGCCUUCAUUAACAGCAAGCACUUUUUAAGGGAAUAGAAGUUGUUAAAGGCAAACCUCAAAACCAUGAAAGAACAUUCAGGAUGUCCCAUGGCAGUAAGGACAGGGGAAAUCUCAGAGCACAAUUCAGCAGGAUAAGAAAAGGGGAACCAGAAACUCUGGAGUCAUUGCUCACAUCACCUAGUUUGAAUUCGUGAGCUGACGAAGAAUAACGUGCUCUUUCUACACAGACAUGGACAAUUUAGACAGUAUUGGAAAAUUACUUGAAGCUGGAUUUUCAUGAAGUUCUGAAUGAGUGUAAAUGUUUUUUAGGAUAUGAUAAAGAGCGAUGUUUUUCAUAAGCACCAUAAAGGGUUCUGGAAAAACUUAUUACCGUAGCAUCCUGUAAUAUAACUUAUGGUAGCAGAUUGGGGAAAAUGAAGCAGCCCACUGAAUAAUUGACAAACUCUGCUUGGAGAAUUUUCUAAGGUACAAUAUCGUUGAGUUCCCUUUCCCUUUCUCCACUAAUUGCAUGAUGAGCUAUUGUUCUGGCUGGUAAUUCUCCAACUUGGCUGUCAUUUCAAGUGGCAGACUUAAUGUGGAAAGUUUUUAUAAUUAUGAGUUUGAAAAAGUAUUUUAAGAUGAUACAGAAAGCAUCCAAAACAACAGCAAAAAAACAAAAAACAAACAAAAAAAAAGCCAUGUCAUUUUGGAUGAAUUGUGUGCCUUAAAAUGGUGAACAUUAGAAAAUUAAACAAGUCUGGAUUCCUCAAGUGGUUCCAAGUCACCAUGUGACAAAAACAAGGUUAACAUUAAAAAAAACAAUGACAAAAAAUCUCCAAGCUGCAGUGGAUUUAAUUAUGAGGCUAAAACUACCUCAUACUUUCCUUGGAAUAACUAGUUAGCUAUGGUUUAUUGUAGAGUUUUGUUUGUUUUUUAGAGCAAAUGGUUUCCAUAUUCCAGAUUGAUCUUUUUUGUCAUCUUUGCUUCAAAAUUCCAUAAAAGGUGCUCCUUCCCCCUCUUUUAUACAAGUUUCUUGUUCAUAUUGUGAAUAGAAAAGUUUCUGAACAACUUUUUUGGAACAUUUUCUAUCUAUAUUCCAAAGCAUGUAAUAUAUAUAUAUAAAUAUAAAUGAUUUGUUAAACUGGUCCUUAGUCAUUUGUAUAAUUAGAAAUGAAGUUUGGCAAAAAAUUUUGGAAAAAAGACAAGCAAAAAAAAUAACUUAUUCCUUUUUUGCAUAUUUGUAUAGUCUUCUAGAAACAGAAAUAACUCUUUUGCAUAUUCUUUUAUUGUUCUGACUUUUCAAGACCUAUUAUUUUUUUUACAUAGGUCAAUAAACGAAAGGUGUGCUACUGAAAA